CUAUUGGCUUAUUUGUCAAAAAAAAAUAGAGUACGUUAUAAAGAAUUAAUUAGUCAGUUGGGUAUUCGAGAGACAAAAACUCGUUAAUUUGAUGAGUCAUUUUGAAUUAUUCGCUUCAUUUUUGAUGAACUUCUUUUCGCUUUCAGCAAUUCAUGGAAGAAUGAAUCGGGGAAAAACUUAUGACUGCAACAGCUACAAGAAAAGACCUCAUGAUAGUCAAUAUGGGCCCUCAACACCCAUCAAUGCAUGGUGUUCUUCGACUCAUCGUUACUCUAGAUGGUGAAGAUGUUAUUGACUGUGAACCAAUAUUGGGUUAUUUACACAGAGGGAUGGAAAAGAUUGCGGAAAACCGAACAAUUAUACAAUAUUUGCCUUAUGUAACACGUUGGGAUUAUUUAGCUACUAUGUUCACAGAAGCAAUAACCGUAAAUGCACCAGAGCAGUUAGGAAAUAUUCAAGUACCCAAAAGGGCUAGCUAUAUCAGAGUAAUUAUGUUGGAAUUAAGUCGUAUAGCUUCUCAUUUGUUAUGGCUUGGCCCCUUUAUGGCCGAUAUUGGUGCGCAGACCCCCUUCUUCUAUAUUUUUCGAGAAAGAGAAUUAAUAUAUGACCUAUUCGAAGCUGCUACCGGUAUGCGAAUGAUGCAUAAUUAUUUUCGUAUCGGAGGAGUAGCUGCUGAUCUACCUCAUGGUUGGAUAGAUAAAUGUUUGGAUUUUUGCGAUUAUUUUUUAACAGGGGUUGCUGAAUAUCAAAAGCUUAUUACGCGGAAUCCUAUUUUUUUAGAACGAGUUGAGGGGGUGGGCAUUAUUGGAGGCGAAGAGGCAAUAAAUUGGGGUUUAUCAGGACCAAUGCUGCGAGCUUCUGGAAUACAAUGGGAUCUUCGUAAAGUUGAUCAUUAUGAGUGUUACGAUGAAUUUGACUGGGAAGUCCAAUGGCAAAAAGAGGGGGAUUCAUUAGCUCGUUAUUUAGUACGAAUCGGUGAAAUGAAAGAAUCCAUAAAAAUUAUUCAACAGGCUCUAGAAGGAAUUCCGGGGGGGCCCUAUGAGAAUUUAGAAAUCCGACGCUUUGAUAAAGUAAGGAAUCCCGAAUGGAAUGAUUUUGAAUAUCGAUUUAUUAGUAAAAAACCUUCUCCAACUUUUGAAUUGUCGAACCAAGAACUUUAUGUAAGAGUCGAAGCCCCAAAAGGGGAAUUGGGAAUUUUUCUCAUAGGAGAUCAGAGUGUUUUUCCUUGGAGAUGGAAAAUUCGCCCACCAGGUUUUAUCAAUUUGCAAAUUCUUCCUCAGUUAGUUAAAAAAAUGAAAUUGGCCGAUAUUAUGACGAUCCUAGGUAGCAUAGAUAUCAUUAUGGGAGAAGUUGAUCGUUGAAAUGAUAAUUGAUACAACAGAAGUACAAGCUAUCAAUUCUUUUUCCAGAUUGGAAUCGUUAAAAGAGGUCUAUGAGAUCAUAUGGAUGCUUGUCCCUAUUUUGACUCUUGUAUUAGGAAUCACAAUAGGUGUACUAGUAAUUGUUUGGUUAGAAAGAGAAAUAUCAGCAGGAAUACAACAACGUAUUGGACCUGAAUACGCCGGCCCUUUGGGAAUUCUUCAAGCUCUAGCAGAUGGGACAAAAUUACUUUUCAAAGAGAACCUUCUUCCAUCUAGAGGAGAUCCUCGUUUAUUCAGUAUCGGACCCAUCCAUAGCAGUUAUAUCAAUUUUACUAAGUUAUUUAGUAAUUCCUUUUGGCUAUCGCCUUGUUCUAGCCGAUCUCAGUAUUGGUGUUUUUUUAUGGAUUGCUAUUUCAAGUAUUGCUCCUGUUGGACUUCUUAUGUCAGGAUAUGGAUCAAAUAAUAAAUAUUCCUUUUUAGGUGGUCUGCGAGCUGCUGCUCAAUCAAUUAGUUAUGAAAUACCAUUAACUCUAUGUGUGUUAUCAAUAUCUCUACGUGUGAUUCGUUGAGACAAAAACUUUCCCUAUUUCCUUGCUUUAUAGGAAAGAAGUUAAAUGCGUUGAAUACAUAUUUUCAUAUUUUUUAUUCAACAUUUGGGUUGAUGAAUUAAACCAGCCAGAUAGUUAUAUGAGUGAGAAAAACAGCUUUUAAAUUCGCAGUAAAAAGAUUGAGUCUCAUUUCCUAUGUACAAGAGUUAAGUGAAAGUAAACAUAAACAGUAGAGGCUGCUUACCCCAAGAUUGGUUGAUUAGUCAUCAUGUCUUGAAGCGGGUUCAAAAGAUCAACUGGAUGGGGUUUUUAUUAUUUAUUACCAGACAUGUAUUAUUAUAAUGGGGGAUUGGGCAAAAAUGAGUGGAUGGUUAGGAACACCAAGGUACACAAAGGAUUAGUAAUAGAGAUUAUGUAAGUUAUCCAACAGGAUAUUUCUGCAUAAAAGGAAUUCUAAUUGGGACUUUAAGUUGGUAGAAACGAUCAAGCAGUACUCCCCACGAUUCCGAUCCAGAGUAUGCUCCUAUCCACCGAUUCGGUAAAUAACUAUCAGGAACGAAGUAAUCCUCUAUUUAUUUUUUUUGAAAGCCCCCCUUUUCUGUCUUUCCCACUCACCCUCAUUUGUUUUCUUUUGAUUCAUACUAAGACUAGUAAGACAACUAAAAAUUUUUAACUUGCUAUCCUCUUGCCUAGCAGGCAAAGAUUUACCUCCGUGGAAAGGAUGAUUCAUUCGGAUCGACAUGAGAGUCCAACUACAUUGCAUUGCCAGAAUCCAUGUUGUAUAUUUGAAAGAGGUUGACCUCCUUGCUUCUCUCAUGGUACAAUCCUCUUCCUGCCGAGCCCCCUUUCUCCUCGGUCCGCAGAGACAAAAUGUAGGACUGGUGCCAACAGUUCAUCACGGAAGAAAGGACUCACUAAGCCGGGAUCACUAACUAAUACUAAUAUAAUACUAAUAUAAUAGAAAAGAACUGUCUUUUCUGUAUACUUUCCCCAGUUCCGUUGCUACCGCGGGCUUUACGCAAUCGAUCGGAUUAUAUAGAUAUCCCUUCAACACAACAUAGGUCAUCGAAAGGAUCUCGGAGACCCACCAAAGCACGAAAGCCAGGAUCUUUCAGAAAAUGGAUUCCUAGUGCAUAACCGCAUGGAUAAGCUCACACUAACCCGUCAAUUUGGGAUCCAAUUCGAGAUUUUCCUUGGGAGGUAGCGGGAAGGAAUUGGAAUGUAAUAAAGAAUAUCGAUUCAUACAGAAGAAAAGGUUCUCUAUUGAUUCAAACACUGUACCUAUGGGAUAGGGAUAGAGGAAGAGGAAAAACCGAAGAUUUCACAUAGUACUUUUGAUCGAAAAAUCAAUCUGAUUUAUUUCGUACCCUUCGCUCAAUGAGAAAAUGGGUCAAAUUCUACAGGAUCAAACCUAUGGGACUUAAGGAAUGAUGGAAGGGAAUAAAAAAGGAGAGGGAAAAAUAAAUAAAUAAAAA